AUGUCAUACAGAGAGCUUCGUAACUUUUGCGAGAUCAUGCGCGCUCUGGGUUACCAUCGUAACAUCUCAAUUGAAAACUUCAAAGAUCCCAACUUCGAACUAGUAGCAGACAUCCUCUACUGGUUCGCUCUUCGCUAUGAUCCUAAGGCUGAUAUCUCCGACGAUAUUGAGGAAGAAAAAGAUAGAGUCCUCUUUAUAAGAAGCGUUUGUUAAUUGUUCGCGGCUAAGGCACGAAUUACUCUUAACCCUAAGAAGCUCUACGAGGCUUAAGGUUUUGCAGUCAAGGAGAUGCUCAAGGUUGCUCAAAUGAUGUAUAAGGCUAUGCAGUCAAGUCAAACUACUGAGGAUGAUGAGAAUGCUGGAGCUUUAAUGGACUUUAAUAUGAGUUCAAAACUUCAUGAUUUGAAAGCAGCUAGACAAUUAGCAACUGAAAUCACCGAAUCAGGUGCAAAGCUUUUUGAUUUGCUUGGUCAAGAAAAAGACUUGAGAGAAGCAAGAGACAAGGCUUUAGAAUUCUUAGACUCUAUUUCAAGAAACCUCGAUACCAAUACUGAAUAGCAAUAUAUUGAAAAAUGUAUUCGUAACAUCAUUGACCAGCAGACUCGUAAAAUGAAUGAAAUGGAAGACACUGUGAAACAGUUACGAAUGGAUGAAGGUGAGCUAGACAGUAAGAUAAAGAGAAGAAAGAUAGAACUUGAGCGUGCGGAGAAACGUAUGAAGGGAAUUGAGAAUGUGAAACCAGAAUACUAGGAAGAGUAUGAAAGACUUGAGGCUGAGUUGGAGAGAUUCUACAUGAUCUAUGUUGAAAAGUUCUCCAACAUUGACUAUCUUGAGUAUGAACUUGACAGAUACAACCUAUAAGAAGAAAAGAGAAGGAAAGAAGACCAAAAGGUAAUUGAGAAUCUACAAAACAACCAGAGAAGAGCUGAAGAAAUAUUCAAUGACGAGGACGAUGAUGAAGCCAAUAAAAAGUAGAAGGACAAACUAUUCAAUGAAAUGAGGGAGACCAGGACAGGAUUCGGAGCUAAGGGACAACCUCCUGGUAAAAAUGGUAACUAUAAACAAGGUGCUCAUGUAGCAGAGGGUGAACUACAACCUGAAGAUGAUGACGAUGAGGACGAUGAAGAUGUGGGAGAUGAUGAUGAAGAUGAAGGAGAUGAUAAUGAUGGUGAUCAAGUCGAUGACGAUCAAGAAGAAGGUAGUGACCACGACUUCUGA